AUGGCCCUGAGGACGAAAUGCCAAGCAUCGAAGCGCAACCAGCAAGCUCCAGGUGCCGGUAUGGUCUUACCCAAUGCAUGCUCGAACAAACAGUCUCAAGAGGGGGUCCUGCUAUUAGCAUUUGCCAACCCCCCCCUUGGAAUCAGACCGAUCCCCAAAAGAUGCGCUUCGUUGACCAGCGAGCAAUGUCUCGUAUUGAGAUCUGUGACGGAGGCUGCGGUGUGGCACGGCAGAAAGCGAGUUGAGCACUUUUUGCACUUUUUGCAUGGUACCAGUCAUGAAAGAGGAACCCUCUGUUCGCAGUAA